CGCUUUUCAUUUUAGUUCCCAAAAACCGGUUUAUCGGUUGAAAUUUGCCAAUCGAUACCUCUCUCAGCCUCUCUCAAACGUUUAAAGCUUCCUUCAAUUUCGUUUUUCACCGAAACGGUUCACUUGAACGCCAAGACUCUGAACCGAACGGAGUGUCGCACAAUAAUCAACGUCAAAAUGUCUUCGCAAAAACGAUCCUCUCCAACUCAGAGUCCACCUCCUCCUUCGGCUCAACAUCUCAAACAACGAGUCAUCACGUGCCUCAAUAAACUUGCUGACCGCGACACACAGUCGUUAGCUACGAUCGAGCUGGAGGCCAUAGCCAAAACCUUAAGUCAAGAAUCGUUCUCCUCGUUUAUCAGCUGCUUACACAACACCGACUCGUCUUGCAAGUCUCCGGUUCGGAAACAAUGCGUGAACCUUCUGACUUUGCUUUCUGAGUCACACGGAAACUCUCUCUCAUCGCAUCUCUCUAAAAUGAUCGCAACUGUCGUCCGCCGGUUACGGGACCCUGAUUCUUCCGUGAGAUCCGCAUGCAUUGUCGCAACGACUGCCAUGUCAUCACACAUCACGAAACCAUCGUUUUCGGUGGUGUCGAGACCGUUGAUAGAGUUGAUACUUGGAGAGCAGGACGCGAACUCGCAGGUCGGCGGAGCGAUGUGUUUGUCGGCCGCGAUAGAAGCGGCUGCGAAUCCGGAAGUGGAGCAGUUGAAGAAGUUGUUGCCCAGACUGGGGAAGGUGGUGAAAAGCGAGGGGUCUAAAGCGAAAGCUGCGGUGUUGGGAGUGAUUGGAAGUGUUGUUAAAGUUGGUGGAGCGAGAAACAAGGGAGUAUUGGAUUGGUUGGUGCCGUUUAUUCGGGAGUUGUUGAGUUGUGAUGAUUGGGCCACCAGAAAGGCCGCUGCCGAGGUGUUGGGAAAGGUGGCUUUCGUUGAUAAAGACGUAGCCUCAGAGUAUAAAAACGCGUGUUUGAUGUCACUCGAAAGGAGUAGAUUUGAUAAGAUAAAGAUUGUUCGAGAGACUAUGAAUCGUACAUUGGAGCUGUGGAAGGGGGUUCCUGAUGAUUCUGACAAGGUCUCCGCACCGUCUCAAUCUAAAUCUUCUUCGACGGAUGAUGUUAUUGGCGGUUGCUUUCCUUCUAUCACUAAAAGUUUCCAAGAUGCUGGUUUUAAAAGUCCACCACCAGAGAAAAUGGUUCCCACUUGCAGUUCACCUUCAUCAGAUAGUUCGUAUGGGACCAUUGCCAAAAAUGAAGUUACUUUGAGAAGUAGUAACAGGAGGUCAAGCACACCAAGGCUCCAUAAAUCGUCAGACGAUAGAAAACCCUCUGAUUGGAAAGUUGAAAUUGCAGUACCACACUUUCCUUCCAAGGUGACUUGUGCAGAUGAUAUCACCAUAUGUGAUUCUUGUCAUCCUGAAUUACGAAAGAAGGGGAAUAAUGCAAAUUCUUGGCCAGAAACCAAACGAGCACUCUUCAGCAAAACUCACAACAACAAAUUUUAUAAAUUUGGUGGUUUCAGAUUAGGUUCUAGGGUGGUCCCAUGUCCCGAUAAUGAGAACUCAGAUUAUGUGGCCAGUGAAGGUACUGAAGAAGUUUAUGAGGACCCAAAAGAUGCUGAGGAACUCUCUAUGGUCCGUGAACAACUUCUUCAGAUUGAAAACCAGCAGUCCAGUCUAUUGGACCUUCUUCAGAGAUUCAUUGGGAGCUCCCAGAGUGGGAUAAAUUCUCUAGAGACACGUGUACAAGGCUUGGAGAUGGCUCUGGAUAAAAUGUCAUACGAUUUGGCAUUAUCAAGUGGAAUGAUCCCAAACAAAAAAUAUGCAGAAAACACAUGCUGCAAAUUGCCUGGCACAGAAUUUUUGAGUUCUAAGUUUUGGAGGAGGACAGAAGGUCGGUUUUCCACCUUAAGGUUGACUUCGUCUGGGAAUAUGGAAUGCUUCCGUGCCAUACAUAACACUGCCGACACUGAAACAUACAACAGAGAUAACGGAAAAUUACAGCACCUACAUGGAGGUGGUUAUUUUUUGAACUCAUUGUCAGAUUUGCAUGGCCUAAGGGAGACAUCUGGGUUCCAUUCAAAUAGAACCAUGAAGAACAUCAUCCAUGAGUCUGAGAGGUGGCAAGGUUGCAGAGUUGAUGGCCUUGAUGGAGCUUCUCCAUUUUCUGUUUCUAAAACCCAAGUGAAUAUAAAUAGGAGAUUAUCUACUUAAAUGGAACAGAAGUUAUGUUUCACCACUUGGGUUUAGCAGAGACAACAUCUUUGGAGCUGGAUGAGGAUUGACGAAAGGUAUGAAAAUGGAGCAUUAAAUCAAGAAAAUGAUACAAAAAUGAAACCAACCUUGUGAAGUCAGGCUUCGAGGUGCCUGCAGGUAAAGUCUCAUUUGAUUCAGCUUUUUGGUUAUUACUCGUCUAUUUGAUCCAAUCUUUUGGUUAAUUAAAUAAGAGUAGAAUUUAUAAUUUUAGAUCCUUGUCUUAGAGGCAGCAAUUUCUUUCCAGAGCAAGUCGACCCAAUAUUAUCAUUCUGGCAUAAGUUAUGCAAUUGGUGAAAGAAAAGUUUGCCUUGUACAUAAAUAAAGCUCACGCAUUACUUUUGGCUUGUCA